GGGAGGACAACGAGGAGAAAACGAGAUUGCAAGUCAGAGGGAGUGUAGGAAAACGAUAGAGCUAGAGCGUGUCAGAAGUGUGUUGGAGUGAGUGAUAAAAAGUGCAAGAGCGCAAGACAAUAUGUGAUAGAGAGGGAGAGGGAGGGAGAGACAGAGAUGCGGCGAAAAGGGGAGUGAGGCGAAAUUGAAUUGUAGAUAGAGGGACCUUCUCUCCUCCUCCUUCCCUCCCUCUUUUAUCAAUCUCCUCUGAAACCACGCCUCCCUCCUUUCACUUGGGUGUGCAUCUAUAACAGUGGGCGGCUGUGUGGGGGAUAGACUCUCAGACUGCCAGCAGAGCGGACAGUAGGGCACAGGACAGGAGUGUGUCCAAGACUGGUCAGAGCAGGUGUAUGCCUGUGUGUGAGCUGACGGACGGAGCUCUGUGUGCGUCCUGUGUGUGUCGCCUCACCCGCUCCACCCAGGGACAUCGCUUCUGAGGAGCACAGCUGGGAGACCGUGGUCUCUGAACACUGCGAGAGAACAUUUGAGAAGCAUUGUUUGGAAAGGAAGUGAGGGAGUACGGCAGCAGAGUGGCCCCUGCUUCAGUGAGAAGGAGGGGAAGACAAGGUAGAGCCAUGGGAGGACGGGGCCUCCUUCUCCUCCUCCUCCUGGGGGUGGUCUCCCCGGCCCAGGGCUCGUCCUUCCUCUCCGGCCAGCGCCACUGGACACGUCUGCAGAGGGAUCGCCAAGCCCGCAACAAUGUCCGACCCAACAUCAUCCUCAUCCUCACUGACGACCAGGACAUCGAACUGGGCUCAAUGCAAGCCAUGAAUAAGACAAGGCGUAUCAUGGAGCAGGGAGGCACCCAUUUCUCUAACGCCUUCUCCACUACUCCCAUGUGCUGCCCAUCGCGCUCCUCUAUUCUGACAGGGAAGUACGUUCACAACCACCACACCUUCACCAAUAACGAGAACUGCUCCUCGCCAUCCUGGCAGGCCCACCAUGAGCCUCACACCUUCGCUGUGCACCUUAACAACUCAGGCUACAGGACGGCCUUCUUUGGGAAGUACCUGAAUGAGUACAACGGCUCGUAUGUGCCCCCUGGCUGGAGGGAGUGGGUAGCGCUGGUGAAGAACUCUCGCUUCUACAACUACACUCUGUGCAGGAACGGUGCGCGGGAGAAGCAUGGCAGCAACUAUCCAAAGGACUAUCUCACAGACAUCAUCACCAAUGACAGCCUCAACUACUUCCGCUCCUCUAAGAGGAUGUACCCCCACCGACCAGUGAUGAUGGUCCUGAGCCACGCUGCCCCACAUGGGCCAGAGGACUCAGCACCACAGUACAGCACUGCCUUCCCCAACGCCUCGCAGCACAUAACCCCGAGCUAUAACUAUGCUCCUAACCCAGACAAGCACUGGAUCCUGCGCUACACAGGCCCCAUGAAACCCGUCCACAUGCAGUUCACCAACAUGCUGCAGCGCCGGAGGAUGCAGACCCUGCUGUCUGUGGACGACUGUGUGGACAAGGUGUACAACAUGCUGGUGGAGACAGGUGAGUUGGACAACACCUACAUUGUUUACACAUCAGACCACGGCUACCACAUUGGCCAGUACGGCCUGGUCAAGGGCAAGUCCAUGCCCUACGAGUUUGACAUCCGGGUGCCCUUCUACAUACGAGGCCCCAAUGUGGAGGCAGGAGCCAUUAACCCUCAUGUGGUGCUGAACGUUGACCUGGCUCCCACACUGUUGGACAUGGCCGGUGCCGAUGUUCCCUCUGAUAUGGACGGCAAGUCCAUCCUCAAACUCCUGGACACAGACAAACCUGUCAACAGGUUCCAGGUGAACAAGAAGGGGAAGAUGUGGAGGGACUCCUUCCUGGUAGAGCGAGGGAAACUGCUCCACAAGAAGGCUGAUGGGAAAGAGGUGGCUCAGGAGGAGAAUUUCCUCCCCAAGUACCAGCGGGUCAAAGACCUGUGUCAGAGGGCAGAGUACCAGAGCUCCUGUGAACAGCCAGGGCAGAAGUGGCAGUGUCUGGAGGACCCGUCUGGUAAGUUGAGGCUGUAUAAGUGUAAGGGCAUGGCCAGUCUCUAUGCCCCACGUAUGCAGGCUCUGAUGGCCAGCAGCGGGUCCCAGCAGUGGGUUGGACACGUCUCCAAUGCUGGAGACAGCUGUGACUGUGGCCCCCUAGGCCUCAAAAUUACACCCCUGAAGAGGAAGAGACUGCUUACCAAGAAAAAGGUAAAGUCCACUAAGAGUCUGACUAGGAACCGUUGGGCCCGGUCCAUUCCGUUUGAGCUGGAUGGAGACCUUUAUGCUGUGGACCUGGAAGAGGGCUACAGGCCCGUGGGCCUCCGGAAUACCAGCAGGUCUGGGGAGAGGAGGAGAGGAGCGGUCCUGCAGGAGGACGACGAUGAGGAGUUCAGUGGAAUGGGAGUUACAGCCAGACCUACAACCAGCAACAGCCUUAUACCACCUGCCGCUCUUAAAGUCACCUACAGGUGCUCCAUCCUGAUGAAUGACACAGUCAGGUGUGAUGGAGGACUCUACAAAUCCCUCCAGGCCUGGAAAGACCAUAAGCUCCACAUCGAGCACGAGAUUGAAACCCUACAGACGAAAAUAAAGAACUUGCGUGAGGUCAAAGGUCACCUGAAGAAGGUUCGGCCUGAAGAGUGCCAGUGUAACACCCCCAAUUACCUGUCCAAGAACAAAGGGAUGUUCAGACUCGAUGCAGGCCGCAUUCACUCACUAAACAAAAUGCCCUCUAAGCAGAAGAAGCAGUGGCUGAUGAAGGAGCAGAAACGUAGGAAGAAACUCCGUAAACUGCUCAAGAGGCUCCGCAACAACGACACCUGCAGCAUGCCUGGUCUCACCUGUUUCACCCAUGACAACCAGCACUGGCAGACUGCCCCCUUCUGGACAAUGGGUCCAUUCUGUGCUUGUACCAGCGCCAACAACAACACUUACUGGUGCCUCAGGACCAUCAACGACACACACAACUUCAUAUUCUGCGAGUUCGCCACAGGUUUCAUAGAGUAUUUCGAUCUGAACACUGACCCAUACCAGUUGAUAAAUGGGGUUAGCACCCUGGACCGCACUGCCCUCAACCAGAUGCACCAGCAACUUAUGGAACUGAGGAGCUGCAAAGGCCACAAGCAAUGCAAUCCAGAGACAGGUGGUAAAGACAGAAACUCUUUAAGUGAAUACAGGCCGGUUCAUCGUCGAAAGAGGCCAAAAGUGAAGAAGCCCUCUUCCAAAUCCCUAGGGCAGAUUUGGGAAGGAUGGGUUGGUUAACAACCUGUGUCCCACAACCCACCACAUUGCAGUCUGCCAAUAAAGGAGGACCAGAACUACUGGUGAACCUGAGGACUUUGUACAGACUUCAUGGGAAUGUAAUCUGAUCUACCAUUAUUGUGGGAGUUUAUGGAUGACGAUGCUGAUCCUACAUUAGCUGCCACUGAUGCUCAGAUCAUCACCCAGCAAAGAAAAUACUGAAACAUCCAAGAAAAUGAAAACUAUAACCUCUCCUGUCUUCUCUCUUUCUCUCUCUCUCUCUCUCUCUCUCACACACACACACACACACACACACACACACACACACACACACACACACACACACACACACACACACACACACACACACACACACACACACACACACACACACACACACACACACACACACACACACACACACACACACACACACACACACACACACACACACACACACUCAUUCACUCGCACAGGAAUGUCCUCACCUCUCAUCUCCCAUCACACCAGUUUUCAGGACCGCCAAACUGAGUUGGAGACUGAUCAGUUGAGUGGGGAUACACUUCGAACCUAUACUUUGACUUCCAACAGUCGCCCUGUGUGAACAGUGAAUGUGAGGUGUGUUUAAUAUUAGUCUCUCAUAACCGCCUUAACAUUGGGUACCAAGAUUAGUUUAAUGUCAAUUCUGCUGCCACAACCUGAAAUGUAUCAUCCCUUAUGGCAUUGUGCCACAUCUGGGUUAAAUCGUCACCCCGUGGGAGUAUGAUGUCAGGCGAUAACAUCAAGUCAAGCUUUCGCCUCACUGCACAGCAUGAAAGGUACUGUCCAGAACAUGCUAGCACGCCUGAGGGGUAUGCUACAAAGGAGUAUAAAGGAGUUAGCCUGCUAACUUGCCUGAAUAUUCUGAAAUAACUUAUUACUUCUUAGAAAGAUAAGCUUGACAUAUGUAUGGUCUAAUUAACUUACCCAUAAACACAUAUCUAUGUUUAGCUUUCUUAAUGAACCAGAAAAUCAACUGUAAAAUUACAUCCACCAAUGAAAUGUACGCAUUCUGCUGGUGUGAAGAUAAUUGUUUGGUAGUCUCGUCUGUACCAUUGCCUAGGGGUGGUGGGGUAGUGGUUAGAGAAGUCCUGGUUUGAAAUGAACAACUUUAUCAAAGUUGAACCUGCUUUGUAGUAUACCACUCUGGAAACUUCUCACUUCUUUUUGUUUGUGUUAUGGCUACAGAAUGGUUCCCCAGGACAUUUACUCCAUUAUUUUGCAAUAUACAUUAUAUUAACGUUGAUGUCAUGCGAGGAUUCUUUACAACCCCCCCAAGGAUGAGCUGGUCAGGAUAUGAAAGACACAUCACAUCACCACCUUGCUUAUUCCCCCUAGUUUACUUUAAACCAGGAUGGGACUUCGCUAACCACUACCCCACCCUCAUAGACAAUGGUACAGACGAGACUACCAAACAAGCAUCUUCACACCAGCGGAAUGUGUACAUUUCAUAAGUGGAUGUCAUUUUACUCCUUUAUAUUGCUAAUGCCACCUGCUAGAUCCAAUCAUGUUAGUUUGUUCAGCUUGCUAUACAUGGUGCUAUGAUAACAUUGCGAAAAAAAUAAAGACUUGCUGUACAGUAUGUAUUUGAAUGUAUGUUGUGCAAUUAAUAUCAAUGUUUACAAUAUUUUUUAUAAUUCAGAAAAAUAGGCAGACCUCUCUUUCGUGUUUGAUAUGAGUUGACAAAUAUGACCUUUUAGAAAGAACGUAGCUUGAUGAAUUUUCCUAGCUCUGUAUUUGUCCAUUUGUCCUGUCUGGACAUCUCUCUGAAUUUCUCCUCUGCUCUCUCAAACCCCACUGUAGUUUGAAAAUACUUAUUUAAGAUGAGAAAGCUUUUAGAAAAUAUUCACUGUGAAAAGAAGUCCCUGUAAAAUGACUCUGUUGUACACAAGAGUAAACAAGUUACACAACAAUGUAAUGCAUCUUGACAUGCAUAUUAAUUUAUUGCCCUCAUUUUUAGCGUUCUUUGUUUCUUAGCAGUGAGACUCCCAUUGUGAAUAAAGUGUUGAUUGCCCUCA